CCAUCGUUGUCUGCUUAGAUUGAUUUUUGUCAUAAAAAUAAUUCAGUUUUCUCUUGCCGACUUCGCAGUAAUAUGAUAAUUUUGUGACCACAUUAUCUAUUUUAAGUUCAACACCAAGUGCAAUUUAAAAAUUUAUAUCACCAGAUAUUCUUUGAGAGUGCCUUUAAGGACGAUUCCAAUUAAACAAACCAGUAGCAGCUAAACAAAACGAAAAACAUUGCUCUGCAUAAAAUUUUCUAAUUAAAUUUAAAACAAAUCAAAACUCUUUUAGUUAAUUUUUAAUUUAAUUUUUGUGAAUAUUGCUCAGUAUCAAUAAGAAGUCAUGGGCAAAGAGAAGGUUCAUAUCAAUAUUGUGGUUAUUGGCCACGUAGAUUCUGGUAAAUCAACAACUACUGGCCAUUUAAUCUACAAAUGCGGUGGCAUUGAUAAGAGAACCAUUGAAAAAUUCGAAAAGGAAGCCCAAGAAAUGGGCAAGGGCUCCUUCAAGUAUGCCUGGGUCUUGGACAAACUAAAGGCCGAACGUGAACGUGGUAUUACCAUUGAUAUUGCCCUAUGGAAAUUUGAAACAGCUAAGUACUAUGUUACAAUUAUUGAUGCACCUGGACAUCGUGAUUUCAUUAAGAACAUGAUUACUGGUACUUCGCAAGCUGAUUGUGCUGUGCUAAUUGUCGCCGCUGGUACUGGUGAGUUUGAGGCUGGUAUCUCAAAGAAUGGGCAGACCAGAGAGCAUGCUCUUCUGGCAUUUACUUUGGGUGUAAAGCAAUUGAUUGUUGGUGUUAAUAAGAUGGACUCUACUGAGCCUGGAUAUAGUGAGUCACGUUACGAGGAAAUCAAGAAAGAAGUUUCAUCGUACAUUAAGAAAAUCGGCUAUAAUCCUGCAUCGGUUGCAUUUGUACCAAUUUCUGGCUGGCAUGGUGAUAAUAUGUUAGAACCAUCGGAAAAGAUGCCCUGGUUCAAAGGAUGGACUGUCGAACGUAAAGAGGGUAAAGUUGAAGGAAAGUGCUUAAUCGAUGCUUUGGAUGCCAUUUUACCACCACAGCGACCAACCGACAAGCCAUUACGUUUGCCUCUUCAGGAUGUUUACAAAAUCGGUGGUAUUGGAACUGUACCAGUAGGUCGUGUUGAAACUGGACUUCUUAAACCAGGAAUGGUUGUUAAUUUUGCUCCAGUCAAUCUUGUUACUGAAGUCAAGUCAGUUGAAAUGCAUCACGAGGCUUUGUCCGAAGCUUUGCCCGGUGAUAAUGUGGGUUUCAAUGUUAAGAACGUUUCCGUAAAGGAAUUGCGUCGUGGAUAUGUGGCUGGUGAUUCUAAGAACUGUCCACCUAGGGGAGCAGCUGACUUUACUGCUCAGGUAAUUGUUCUUAAUCAUCCAGGACAGAUAGCAAACGGCUAUACACCAGUUCUUGAUUGUCACACUGCUCAUAUUGCUUGCAAAUUUUCCGAAAUAAAGGAGAAAUGUGACCGUCGUACUGGCAAGACCACUGAAACUGAUCCGAAAUCGAUUAAGUCUGGUGAUGCGGCAAUUAUUAUUUUGGUUCCAACCAAACCAUUAUGCGUUGAAAGUUUCCAAGAAUUUCCGCCGUUGGGACGUUUUGCUGUACGUGACAUGCGACAAACUGUCGCUGUUGGUGUCAUCAAAUCAGUCAAUUUCAAAGAAACCACUUCGGGCAAAGUAACAAAAGCCGCCGAGAAGGCACAAAAGAAGAAAUAACUAGAGUGCCACCAGAAUAACGACAACAUUGAACUUAUUAAUUAUAUUAAUAAUAAUAAUACAAAUAUUCUUCAUAUUGAUAAUAAUAAUACAAAAAUAUAUGAUUUCCAAUAUCACCGACAGCUGCAAUUCAUUGUCGGUAUCAUAAUCGACAAUGCAGCAGUGAUGCACUCCAUCCCAAGAACCCUUUAUUCUGCAUCUGCAUUAUCAUCACCAUUGACACCAAAACCAAGACGUUUUUUGGAGUUCCCAUCAUUGGAUAAUUCGCUGAAGUUGGGAAGAAACGCAGAAAUUAUUGGAAUAUCUAGCAGACGCGGCAGUAGAAGCAAAACAACGUCGAACACAGAUUCAGCAAUUAUAAUUCAUACAAUUAUACUCUUAGACAUAAUAAUGUGCUUGAAUUUUAUUAUAUACUAUAUAUAUCUAUAUCUGUACCGCCAUCGCAAGUCAUUUCGUAGGAAACCAAUCGUAGAAAUCAUAAAUACUCGUAAUCAUUAUCUAAACUACUAUCCAUCCCAAAAUCAUGACACAAAUCAAAUGGCAGUUGCUAUUUAAAUAUUAAAAUCAUUCAUUUGUGUUUUAUACUUUUCAUCAUUGUUACUCUUCUCAUCAUCAUCAUUGAUCAUGACCAUCACCAUCAACAUCAAAUAUCAUUAAUAAAUUGUUUUGUUUUAUAUUACUCAUUUUAUUAUAUUGUUAUCAUCGUAAUGUGUCGUCCUCAAUCAUUUCGCGCAUCAUUAAAUUAUUAUAUACGGUCCCAAAAGCAAUUGAGUGCAAUUUGUACGUUUUGUUAACUUUUAAGUACUAAUUAUUAUCGAACUUUGUUUUUAUUAAAAAAAGAAAAAGAAAAAAUAAGAAGAAAACUGAAAAUUAUUAAGCAAAUAAUAAUCAAGUGUUUUACAUAAAGUUCCCUGCAAGGAAGCAAAAUAUAUGUAAAAGCUAUUCUCAUAUAAAAUAUGUAUCUAUCUUUAGAUUGUAAACAAGAAUUUAAUUCUUCACUCAUCAGUAAAAAACAAAAAACAAAA